CCAGUUGAUAAAUUGUCAAAUUUCUCAAAUGUCAAAGUCGAAUCAGUUUUUUCAAUGUAAAGGUUAAAAAGUCAAUCAAACCGAUUUUAUGUAUGAAAYUCUAACACUCGAAACGUUUUCCCGGUAUUUCRCCAGUGAUCAGAAUGGAGGACAGCYUUUUCGAGGAGUGGGACGAGCUUACGUCCGACUUCAAGGAAUUGGAGGUCACGAAUAAAGCUUACAUGGAAAAAUUGGAAGAACUKGAUUCGUAUCAGAAGAAGUGUCUCAAACAUAUUGAGCAUCAAAAAUACAGAAUUAGGGUUAUUCAGAAAGCACUCAAGGAUCUGAGUAAACAACCCGAAUAUAAGGAGAAAGUGAAUGAGUUGCAAGAGAGCAUUUUUAAAAGAGUGGCCCACUUGCAUGAGAUUGAGCAAACUCUACCUAGGAAAAAUGGGGUUUAUCUUAAAAUUAUUUUAGGAAAUGUUAAUGUCUCGAUUUUGAACAAAGAAGAGAAGUUCAAAUAUAAGGACGAAUAUGAGAAAUUCAAGCUUAUUUUGAGCAUUAUUGGCUUUGUAAUGUCCCUACUGAACCUUUCAGUGCGUUUUAGACCGUUAGAGUUGAGUUUUAUAUUUUUGUUGGUGUGGUAUUACUGCACUCUCACAAUCAGAGAAAGCAUUUUGAAAGUGAACGGUUCGAGAAUUAAGGGUUGGUGGCGCUUGCACCACUUUCUUUCAACUGUGGCCGCUGGCAUUUUACUAAUCUGGCCAGAUACGGAGACUUGGGCCCAAUUUAGGACACAAUUCAUGUGGUUUAAUGCUUAUAUCAGUGUUGUCCAAUACUUGCAAUUCAGGUACCAGAGCGGUGUUUUGUACCGAUUGAAAGCCUUAGGGGAGAGACACAACAUGGAUAUAACGAUCGAGGGUUUCCAUUCGUGGAUGUGGCGCGGCUUGAGCUUUUUAUUACCGUUUCUCUUCUUUGGAUAUUUGUUUCAGUUGUAUAAUGCAUACGUUUUGUAUUUGUUGAGUUAUUCUCCCACGUCGACUUGGCAUGUGCCGGUGUUGAGUUUAAUGUUUUUAAUUUUGUUCAUUGGUAACACUGCUACGAUUAUUAUGGUCAUUCCGGACAAAGUGAAGGAAAAGGUCAAGUUGAGGUAUCAUUAUGUGGGGCAAAGAUUGAGCGGAAAUGUUAAAGAAAAUCACGACGCACAUUUGAAAAAACAAGAGUAAAGUGGACAGAUAGUCACGUAUCUGUUGGAGAUUAUACAAAUGUCAUUUAUAUGUGGUGUAUUUAUUAAUUUUAGUUAGGUAAACAAAAUUUGGAAUCUCA